AUGUGGAAGAACCUGCAGGACCGUUUUGUAAAGGCCAAAAAGAGAGCACAUGGAAAGACCCGUGACCCUGGUGGAAGCCAACUGGUGCCACCGAUCCUGAAGGAACUCGGAUGGCUGUCCCAGUUCAUCAAAUAUCGAGAGACUGACACUAAUUUUGAGAAUGAGGUGUAUUUUUCGGGGGAAUCGCGACAUUUUACACAAGGUUCUGUCCUCGGACCAAUUCUAUUCACUUUAUAUAUGCUUCACUUAGGUAACAUCAUUAGAAAUCACUCUGUAAAUUUCCAUUAUACACAAUUACAUCUAUCGAUAAAGUCAGACGAAACGGAUCAAUUAACUAAACUUCAAAAAUGCCUUAAAGAUAUAAAAACCUUGGUGAGCUCCAAUUUCCUUAUGUUAAAUUCAGACAAAGCAGAAGUUAUUGUUCUUGGCCCCAAACACCUCAGAAACUCGCUAUCUGAAGAUAUAGUUUCUCUGGAUGGCAUUGCUCUGGCCUCCAGCACUAACGCAAGAGACCUCAGAGUAAUAUUUGACCAAGAUUUGUCUUUUAACUCCCACAUAAAACAAACUUCACAGACUGCAUUCUUUCAUCUGCUUAAUAUUACAAAAAUUAGGCCUAUCCUGUCCCCAAAAGAUGUAGAAAAAUUGGUCCACACUUUUGUUACCUCUAGGCUGGGUUACUGCAAUUCCCUUUUAUCAGGUAGCUCCAAUAAGUCUUUGAAAACUCUCCAACUGAUCCAGAAUGUGGCGGCACGUGUACUGGCAAGAACUAAAAAAAGAGAUCAUAUUUCUCCUGUUUUAGCUCCUGUGCACUGGCUCCCUGUAAAAUCCAGAAUUGAAUUUAAAAUCCUUCUCCUCACUUACAAGGCUCUAAAUGGUCAAGCUCCAUCAUAUCUUAGAGAGCUCAUAGUGCCAUAUUAUCCCACCAGAACAUUGCGCUUUGAGAAUGCAGGGUUACUCGUGGUCCCUAAAGUCUCCAAAAGUAGAUCAGGAGUCAGAGCCUUCAGCUUUCAGGCUCCCCUUCUGUGGAACCAUCUUCCUGUUUCUGUCCGGGAGGCAGACACCAUCUCAACAUUUAAGUCUAGACUUAAGACUUUCCUUUUUGAUAAAGCUUAUAGUUAG